AACAAUACGUCGGAUCUUUUCCUUAAUCUUUCAACUUAAAAAAAGAAUUUACGUUUGUCCAACGUCAAUCUUAAUAAUACCGACGGCCGACCGAUUUUUCUAUUUGGCGCACAUGAUACCCUCUAUCAGUAAAAUUCCGAACAGUGUCUAAUUAAUAACUUACCAAACGAACUCUGUAAUACCCGCGGAACCAUCACAUGCGCGCGCACUGUUCCGCUGUUCCAUAUACCCUGUGACAUUUUACGAUCGAAAGCAAUUCCACCGCGUUCCACUUCUCUCCAGUAGGGAACGCAGCGAAAGCCAAAGAAGAAAUUACCUAGCAACUGCAGUGUGGGAAUUGAAAUACUACAUUAGAAUCCUACCGCCUGUAGCCAAGAAUAAUUUAAUAUCGGUUAGACACGAGUGCCUAAUCUUAUAAAACUUAAUAUGAUUUUGCAUUGAGUUCUUAAUAAAUACAACAAAAAAUCUGUACUAUCAAACGCUAAUAUAUUUAUUUGAAAGAUUUGAUAACUUCUGUGUCCAAUAAGUCGGCGGUUUUCACAUUACCAAUACACUUGUGCUUGAUCAAUUCACUGAAAGGUUCAGCGGAGUAUUCUGGAACGCACUGUAGCCUACCGAUUAUCCGGUACACUCUCUGCCAUAUGUAGAGUUCCGUCGGCAGUCGUGUCAGAACCACCGUGCGGUCAGAAUAGCAUUGCUUGUGUACCGAUUGCGUUCUCUUUACUUGGUUUGGAGUGUAGCAUAACAAGUAUCCGGGAGUCGUUAAAAUACACCGGGUUAGAGAAAGAUAGUGGAUUGUUAACAAAAAAGGAUGUACGAAAGGGUGUACUUGAAACAGUGAGUUUUUUUCCCUGUGAUCGAAGUGGCGCACGGUCGAACUGUCUUGAGUUUAUAGUCGUGGCUGACAAACCGCACUGUACGUUCGUGUGACACGGUGACUUCGUAUCGAAUAAAUCGAAAGGAAAAGGAGUCGGGAAUUCCUUACGAUUCAUGUGUUCUCUGGAGAGAUUAGUUAAAUAUAUCUGAAAACUAUCGGGUAGUUAUUGUAAAAUCGUCGACGAUUGUUGGUGCGUGAACAAUAUUCAAUACCGGAGCUCAGUGUCGAGGAUUCGGAGCCAUGACGAGCUUAAUUCAGUAAGGGGCCAACUGCGGGUCCUUGAUACGAGUAGCCGAAGAAGGACGUGAAUUCUAUCAAGAUGGGGGAAAUUUUGGGUUCGGCGAGUUUCCUUCACCUUGGCGACAUCGUCAGCCUCUACGCCGAGGGAAAUGUCUCUGGAUUUCUCUCGACCUUGGGAUUGGUGGACGACAGGUGUGUCGUAUGUCCCGAGGCUGGCGAUCUCACCAAUCCUCCUAAAAAAUUUCGAGACUGUCUCUUCAAAAUAUGUCCCAUGAAUCGAUAUUCCGCACAGAAGCAAUUUUGGAAAGCAGCCAAGCAGAGCGGAAGCUCCAGUACCGAUGCAGUGUUGCUAAAAAGACUCCACCACGCAGCCGAAAUCGAAAAAAAACAAAAUGAUACCGAGAACAAGAAACUCCUUGGCACAGUGGUUUCCUAUGGAAAUGUUGUUCAGCUGCUACAUCUUAAAUCGAAUAAAUUCUUAACCGUGAACAAGAGGCUGCCAGCUCUGCUCGAGAAGAAUGCCAUGAGGGUGUACUUGGACGCUAAUGGGAAUGAGGGCUCCUGGCUCUACAUAAUGCCGUUUUACAAAUUGCGAAGCGACGGCGAUAGCGUUGUCGUCGGUGACAAGGUCAUCAUGGAGCCGGUGAACGCAGGACGGCAAGGAUUACACGUGGCAGCGAAUUACGAGCUUAGCGAUAAUCCUGGUUGCAAGGAGGUCAACGUGGUGAACUCUUCGACCUCGUGGAAAGUCACUCUGUUCAUGGAGCAUCGAGAAAAUCAGGAAGAGAUUCUCAAGGGUGGCGACGUGGUCCGACUCUUUCAUGCUGAACAGGAGAAGUUCCUGACGAUGGAUGAAUACAAGAAAAAGCAACACGUAUUUCUUAGGACCACUGGUAGACAAAGUGCAACUGCUGCUACUAGUAGUAAAGCUCUAUGGGAGGUCGAGGUUGUCCAACACGAUCCCUGCAGAGGAGGGGCAGGUCACUGGAAUUCGUUGUUUAGGUUUAAGCAUUUGGCCACAGGACAAUAUCUGGCUGCUGAAAUAGACACGGAUGAGCCACGUGAAAUGAUAAAAGGCAAGCGCGAGCCAGCAGGACCCGUGUAUAGAUUAGUAUCCGUUCCACACAGCAACGAAAUUAGUUCCUUGUUCGAACUGGAUCCUACAACAUUGACAAGAGGCGACAGUUUAGUGCCACAGUCAUCUUUCGUAAGACUGCAUCACAUAUGUACAAAUACAUGGGUUCACUCAACGAGUGUACCAAUUGACAAGGAUGACGAAAAACCUGUCAUGUCCAAGGUCGGUUGUGCCAUUAGUAAAGAGGAUAAGGAAGCUUUCGCACUGCGAUCUGUGUCUCCUGUGGAGGUUCGCGAUCUCGAUUUUGCCAACGAUGCUUGUAAAGUUUUGGCAGCGAUAAGCGGCAAGCUGGAGAAGGGAACAAUAUCACAUAACGAGAGGCGAGCUGUCACUAGUUUGUUACAAGACAUAGUGUUCUUCAUAGCAGGUCUGGAGAACGAGCAGAACAAAUCCGAAGCGCUGGAAUUGAUUGUUACCAAUGCCGUUAGAGAUAGACAGAAGUUACUCCGUGAACAAUAUAUUUUGGGCCAGUUAUUUAAAAUACUUCAGGCACCAUUCUUAGAAUCUGCCAAAGGCGAGGGACCAUUUCUUAGGAUAGAGGAACUCAACGAUCCAAGGCACGCACCAUACAAAUAUAUGUUUCGUUUGUGUUAUCGUAUACUUAGGUUGUCACAACAAGACUAUAGGAAAAAUCAGGAAUAUAUAGCUAAACAUUUUGCGUUUAUGCAAAAGCAAAUUGGCUAUGAUAUUUUGGCAGAGGAUACCAUCACUGCGCUUUUACACAAUAACAGAAAAUUGUUGGAGAAACAUAUUACGGCUGCGGAGAUCGAGACGUUCGUUGGUCUUGUGAGGAAGAAUAUGCAUAAUUGGGAAUCGAGGUUUUUGGAUUAUCUGUCAGAUUUGUGCAUUUCUAAUAAGAAAGCGAUUGCCGUUACUCAAGAGUUGAUCUGCAAGAGUGUGCUUAGUGAGAAGAACAAAGAUAUUCUGAUAGAUACUAGGAUAAUGAACACUCACGUUGAGGUAGAGGACAUUGACGAAAGAGAGGACGAAGAAUCUUCAAUAACAAUCAUAGAAGAACUCGAGGUUUUGUUAGUGUGGAACGAUGGAACAAAAUCCAUGUCACUCAGUGAAUUAUCUAAGGGUGCCAAACUUGGCAAUGUGGAAGAUGCUGCGAUUCUUGAUUACUACAGGCAUCAAUUGAAUCUGUUUAGUAACAUGUGUCUGAAUAGACAAUACUUGGCACUCAACAAUUUGUCACCUCACUUAGAUAUUGAUUUGAUUCUCAAAUGUAUGUCAGAUGAAACAGUACCAUACGAACUACGAGCAUCAUUUUGUCGUUUGAUGCUGCAUCUCCACGUGGAUAGAGAUCCUCAAGAACCUGUGACACCUGUCAAAUAUGCACGGCUUUGGUCUGAGAUUCCUUCGAAAAUGAGCAUCAAUGACUAUGACACGAACAAAAUGCCGGAUCAAACCAAAGAAGCUGUUAGGGCAAGAUUUAGUUCAACCAUUAUAUUCGUUGAAGAUUAUCUCUGUAACGUCGUAGCGAAGAUGUGGUCCUUUGCUGAUCAGGAACAAAAUAAACUCACUUUUGAAGUCGUUAAGCUAGCACGGGAUCUCAUUUACUUUGGAUUCUAUAGCUUCAGUGAUCUCUUGAGAUUGACGAAAACGUUACUCAGUAUAUUGGAUUGCGUUUCGGAGAGUGACUUUUCUGAUGGGAAAAUACCCACAGGUGAAAUUGACUCUGAAUCUGUGGAUUCGGAGGAAACAGCUGAAGGUGGAGUUCUGAGAUGCAUUGGGGAUAUGGGAGCCGUGAUGACAAGCUUGACACUUGGAUCAGCUGGACAAGUAUUGACUGGAACAUCAGCACCGAGACCAAAGCCAUCUUUAAAAAAAGAAUAUCCACUAGUGAUGGAUACGAAACUGAAGAUAAUAGAGAUACUGCAGUUCAUUUCAGACGUUCGACUGGAUUAUCGUAUCUCCUGUUUGCUCAGCAUAUUUAAGCAGGAGUUUGAUGAGACGGAAAGAGCAUCCGGUGACGUGAGUCUUGGCCAGAAGGGUAUAGAUUUAGAGUUAAUAGGAACUCAGGCUGAAGGAAUAUUUGGGAGCAGUGAGGAAUGUGUUGCACUGGACCUUGAUGGUCAAGGAGGAAGAACUUUCCUGCGUGUUUUGCUUCACUUGGCGAUGCACGAUUAUCCUCCACUAGUUUCUGGAGCUUUACAUCUUCUAUUCAGACACUUCAGCCAGCGCCAAGAAGUGUUACAAGCUUUCAAACAGGUUCAACUUCUAGUCUCUGACAGUGACGUAGAAUCGUAUAAGCAAAUAAAAGCGGAUCUAGAUGUGUUACGACAAUCCGUCGAAAAGUCUGAGCUUUGGGUUUACAAGUCAAAAGCAACGGAGGAGCAUGGGAAUAAAAAGAAAAAAAGCAAAGAGGAUGAAGAGGAAAAUUCAACCCCACGUAAAGCACCGCCUCAGUUAUCAUCUGACAACAAGAAAGGAUCUGCAAUUGACUUGGAUGUUGGACCACCUUUACUAGCAGAUCAAGCUGAAGAGUAUAAAAAGAUUCAACAGAUUUUGAUCCGUAUGAAUAAAUUAUGUAUCCAGUCAAUACCAGGUGGUCCAACGAAGCCACGGAAACACGAGCAAAGAUUGUUGCGAAACGUUGGAGUACAUACAGUUGUGCUAGACCUACUCCAAGUACCUUUUGACUCAAAGGAAGAUGUUAGAAUGAAUGAGCUAAUGCGUCUUGCACAUGACUUCUUACAAAACUUCUGCUUGGGUAAUCAACAGAACCAGGUUUUGUUGCACAAACAAUUAGAUUUGUUCCUAAAUCCGGGCAUACGAGAAGCACAGACCGUGUGCAGCAUCUUUCAAGACAACUCAACACUUUGCAACGAAGUUAAUGCAAAAGUGAUACAACAUUUUGUACAUUGCAUCGAGACGCAUGGAAGGCAUGUACAAUAUUUAAAAUUUCUGCAAACAAUAGUCAAGGCCGAAAAUCAAUUUAUACGAAAGUGUCAGGAAAUGGUUAUGCAGGAGCUUGUACAAGCUGGAGAAGAUGUCUUGGUAUUUUAUAACGACAGAGCGUCGUUCAAUCAUUUUGUUGAGAUGAUGAGGUCUGAGAGACACCGAAUGGAUGAAAGUAGUCCUCUUAAGUAUCACGUGGAACUUGUCAAACUAUUGGCAUGCUGCACAAUGGGCAAGAAUGUAAAUACUGAAAUAAAAUGUCACAGUCUUUUGCCAUUGGACGAUAUUGUCGCUAUGGUAUCCCAUCAAGACUGCAUUCCAGAGGUGAAAGAGGCAUACAUAAAUUUCCUUAAUCACUGCUAUAUCGAUACCGAGGUUGAGAUGAAGGAAAUUUAUACUUCGAAUCAUAUGUGGUCUCUAUUCGAAAAGUCAUUUAUAGUGGAUAUGGGUCUGGUUGCCACUUCAACGCAUGAUCGACGUCAUGCUGAUACGGCUCUUGAGAAUUACGUCACCAAUUGUUUAAUGAACAUCAUUACCACCUUCUUCAGCAGUCCUUUCUCGGAUCAAAGCACAACUGUCCAGUACUUCGAAUUGGAGAAACACCUGCACGAGGCUAGACUUUUUUGGCGUCCCAAGGAGGGUGAUCACCACAACGAUAAUAAUCUUACUGGUUGUACACGGCAGCCGAUAUUCGUCCAAUUGUUACACGCAGCUGUUAAAGUGUCCCAAUGUACGUGGUUCAAUGCAGGACAAAGAUUUACCGUUGAAAAUUGCAUACGAACGUUAUCCGAUGUUGCCAAAGGAAGAAGCAUUGCAAUUCCAACGGAUCUGGAAAGUCAAGUUGCGUCCAUGUUUAACAAAGCUGCAAUGCUCAGCAGACAAACCAGCAAAUGGCUUCAGGCUGCCAAACAGCCAAAAAUGGAAAGAAGCCAAAGCCAGAACGAUCUAUUUUCCUCUUGGGACAUUAGGGAUGAGCUAAUGAGACUAGAUCGCAGCAUUAUCGAAGGUCUACAGGAUAUCGUGUCUCUAUUGGAAGAGCAAUUGAAACCUUUGGUACAAUCGGAAUUAUCCUUACUGGUUGAUAUUCUUUAUCGUCCAGAAUUGCUAUUUCCGACAUCUACAGACGCGCGAAAACGUUGCGAAAAUGGCGGAUUCAUUCAUCGAUUGAUAAAACACACGGAGAAGCUUCUGGAAGAGAAAGAAGAGAAACUAUGCGUAAAAGUACUGAGGACGCUUCGAGAGAUGAUGGCCAUAGAUCCGGAAUACGGUGAAAAAGAAAUUGAGGAUCUCUCACAAAAGGCAGAUCCGGAAAAGGAGACGGAGUCGCGUGUUGCAACAGAUUCCAAUGAUCAAACAGAGAUUCAGGAAAUGACGCAACAGCAACGGGGUGACGCGCUGAGAAACAAUUUAUUGAUUCGAUAUUUCGGAAAAUCUUACAUUCAGAAGCCAGAGACUGUAGAAAUUGGAGUACCAUGCACAACAGCUGUUACUCAUGGUCCAGGAGCCAAGAUGCUGAGUCGGGCUGGUCGUACCCUGCACGAAAUUCAAAGUCAUCUGGAUAGAGAAGGAGCUUCGGAUUUGGUUGUGGAAUUGGUAAUUAAAAGUGUCCACUCACCCAGCAUAUUCGUGGAAGCUGUGGAAUUGGGAAUAGCACUAUUAGAAGGAGGAAAUCCCAUUAUACAAAAAAGCGUCUUUACUAAAUUGAUGGGUGGUGAUCUAAGCCAAUCAUUCUUCAAGGUAUUUUAUGACAAAAUGAAGGACUCGCAACAGGAAAUUAAAUCGACUGUCACUGUGAACACGUCGGACAUGGCUGCGAAAGCGCACGAGGAUAAAGAGCAGAGUAAGGAAUUGGAGAAAGUAUCAAGAAAACGAACUUCCGGGAAACCAAAUGGAAUUGUAAUAACUGACGAGUUACGAGAGGAAUUAAAUCAAGCUGCAGCUUCUACUGCACAAGCAUAUGCAUCUGUACGUACUAUUGCAUCUGGCGAGGAUGCAUCCAACAAUGCAGCAUUGGGCUGUGCUUUGGAGGAUAUGUUGGCUGAGAAAUUGGAAAGACACCGUACUGGUGGUACCGUUGAAAGAGACGAAGCUCAACUCAGUGCCAAGGUUCUCGUCAUGCAGCCAAUAUUGCGCUUCUUGCAAUUAUUGUGCGAAAAUCAUAAUCGCGACUUACAGAAUUUUCUUCGUAACCAAAAUAACAAAACGAACUUCAAUUUGGUAUCCGAAACACUCAUGUUUCUAGAUUGCAUUUGUGGUUCCACGACUGGUGGUCUGGGACUUCUUGGAUUAUAUAUAAAUGAGUACAAUGUCGCAUUGAUAAAUCAAACUCUAGAAACUCUAACUGAAUAUUGUCAAGGACCUUGCCACGAUAAUCAAAACUGUAUAGCUACUCAUGAAUCGAACGGUUUGGAUAUCAUAACUGCUUUGAUAUUGAAUGAUAUCAAUCCCCUGGGUAAAACGAGAAUGGACUUGGUCCUGGAACUGAAGAACAAUGCCAGUAAGCUGUUGCUUGCUAUAAUGGAAAGCAGAGGAGAUAGUGAAAAUGCUGAGAGAAUUUUGUACAAUAUGAAUCCCAAGCAGUUGGUUGAUGUUGCGUGCAGAGCUUUUCAUCAAGAAUCAUUGGACGAUGAAGACGAUACCGAUGACUCGUCAACUGAUGGGGAUGAAAUAGUAUCACCCAAAGAGGUCGGACAUAACAUUUAUAUCUUGUGUCAUCAAUUGGCUCAACACAACAAAGAAUUGUCGACAAUGUUGAAACCAUCCGAUUUGGCAAACGCGGAUCCAAAAACGAACAAAGCUCUUCAGUAUUAUGCCACACAUACAGCUCAAAUUGAAAUUGUUAGAAACGACAGAACACUGGAGCAAAUAGUUUUCCCUAUACCAGAGAUUUGUGAACUUAUUACUAUGGAUACGAAAAUAAGAGUUUUAAAUACAUCGGAACGCGAUGAUCAAGGGUCCAAGGUCUCAGACUUUUUUGAACGAACCGAAGAUAUGUUUAAUGAAAUGAAAUGGCAGAAGAAACUAAGAGGGCAGCCAAUGUUGUUCUGGGUGAGCAGUUACAUGUCACUAUGGAGCAACAUUUUAUUCAACUGUGCAGUUCUUAUAAAUCUUAUAGUGGCAUUUUUCUAUCCGUUUGUUGAUUCAGUACCUAAACUUGGGCCACAUUUGUCUGGCCUUAUAUGGACAGUUAUGAUAUCAUCGGCUGCAAUUGUGAUUACGUUACCUCGAGAAUCAGGUAUACGUACUCUAGUAGCAUCCACAAUUUUGAGACUCAUAUUCUCUAUAGGACCCGAGCCAACACUAUUGUUACUUGGUUUUUUAACGGUUGUUUUAAAAAUAAUUCAUCUAAUAAGCAUAAUAGGAAAUCAGGGCACCUUGAGCAAGAGUGUAGAACAAAUCUUAACGAACGUGGAACUGCUAUAUCACAUGUGCUACCUUAUAUUCUGUGUUCUUGGAAUCUGUAUGCAUCCAUUCUUCUACUCAGUCUUACUAUUCGACGUCGUGUAUCGUGAAGAGACUUUACUCAAUGUGAUAAGAUCAGUCACGCGGAACGGAAGGUCCAUUAUAUUAACAGCCGUUCUUGCACUGAUUCUAGUUUAUAUGUUUUCCAUUAUCGGUUAUAUGUUUUUCAAAGAUGACUUUUUGGUUAGCGUCGACGAAGAGUUCAUUCCCCCUGAAGAAAUAGGAGGUACUUGUGAAUCGAAAAACAGUGCAAAUUGUGAUGCAACUGAGACUAUAUCACGAUACGCCCGGGAAGCGAGCCAGCAGAAAAAUAACGACGCCGAGGUGAUGAACGUUGGUGGAGAAUUAAAGGAACGCGCUUGUGACUCAUUAGUGAUGUGCAUCGUAACUACAUUAAAUCAAGGCUUGAGAAAUGGAGGCGGCAUUGGAGACAUACUAAGAGCCCCUUCUAGCGCUGAACCUCUCUUCGUUGCCCGAGUCGUUUACGACCUGUUGUUCUUCUUCAUAGUGAUUAUUAUCGUUCUAAAUCUGAUUUUUGGUGUGAUCAUCGACACGUUUGCUGAUCUAAGAUCAGAGAAGCAACAAAAAGAAUUGAUUUUAAAGAACACAUGUUUCAUUUGCGGUUUAAAUAGAUCGGCAUUCGACAACAAGACAGUUUCAUUCGAAGAGCAUGUUAAACAUGAGCACAAUAUGUGGCAUUAUCUUUAUUUCAUUGUCUUAGUAAAGGUAAAAGAUCCCACGGAAUUCACCGGUCCCGAAUCCUACGUUUACGCAAUGGUUAAGGAUCGCAAUUUGGAUUGGUUCCCAAGAUUAAGAGCCAAAUCAUUAGCCGCUGACGAAGGCGAGGGUGAACAAGUUGAAUUAAGGAGUUUGCAAUCCCAGUUGGAAUCUACUCAGCAAUUGGUCAAGUGCCUGUCUCAACAACUCACCGAACUUCGUGAUCAGAUGACGGAACAACGAAAGCAAAAACAGCGGCUUGGACUUUUGAAUUCUGCCUCGGCAUACCUUCAAAAUACGCCCGCAUAAAAUGUAUGGAGUGGCACAAUAUGUAUUGUAUCGUGGACGAAUCUCAAUCUCCAUACUCCAAGGUGAUAUUUAAAUGUUUGCGUGAUUGCAUACGUGAGUUAUUAAGAAGCAUUUAAAGACAAGUUGAUUGAUAGGAUUAUGAGUAGAGGCAUUUGUACGGUUUUGUUCCUAGUAGUUGGAAAUAUCGUUUUCUAUAGGGUGGUGUCCGUCGCGUGUUUUUCUUUCAUCGAAUCGUCCUUAACUCUCUUUGUCUAUUGUUGCGUAGACUAUUAUUAUCGAGUAAUAGUUUGCUCCGCAAGAUGAUAUUGUACGUCAUUACGGGUGUCAUAGCUUUAUUUAAAUAAGUUUGGAACAAAACGAAUACAAUUAAUGAUUACACGUGUAUGAAUACUUUCCACGAAUCUUACCGACUAUACUAUUCAUAUGUCUAAUGGCAUCACCCUGUAUGUGCAUAAAUGUUACGACUCCGAAUAUAAGUAAACGUGCAAUUUCCGUUAUACGAAAGUCAAGUACAGUAACUUGUUAUAAUGUUAAGAAUGGAAUGUUAACUUUAAACACGCGUUACUUAAGAAUAAUUUAUAGUAAUGACGGAUAAAAUCCCUGCGAUAGAUUCACCAUAUGAAAGUUCGAAUUUCACCGUGACAAUGAAGCGGUGAGAAUUAAAAAAAAAGAAAAUCACUCUUUUGUAAAUGUCGUAGAAUUUAAUGCGCUGUCGCCACAGCGCGUGAUAUCCGAAAGACCAAGAAAUUAUCAAAUCUUCAAUAUUUUCAAAAAAGUUUUAGAAAUCGAUACGACCGACAACACCGUGGUAUAUCGUUUUUUUAAAGGAUUUAUUACGAAUUUAGGCAAUCAUUUGUAUAUUCUGUGUAAAGCACUAAAAACUCAUUUCGACUUUUUGAACUGGUUCUGAAUUGCGCUCAUUAGUCCAUGUUAAUUAUGACAUUAUGUUUUGCUGAUUUCCGAAGGACAACUUAAAUAACAGAGAAUUAACGAAUACAUUUAAAAAAAAGUAAUGACGCAAAUGCAUAAGAACGUUGUUGUCAUGUUUUACGAAUUAUUAUAAACGUAUAUACAUUAGACGAUUAUAUAUUUAAUUACUUAUACACGUUUUACUGCUCGUUAUCAUUUUCCUCCGUUUUCAAAGAUAUUUUACGUAAACGUUAUCGACAUUAGCUGUUAACUUUUCUGAAGUCAACAUAUGGAUACACGAUACUGGUUAAAAUCAUUUUUUAUGUGUAGUUACGAUUUAGCUGCAAUUAUUUCUGUAUAGCGAUUGAACGGAAAGCAUCAUAUUAAUUUUUAACACUGCGAACGACACGCUAAUGUCGCGAGAUGAAAAACGGAAAAGCCGUUACUCCAUAUAGUGUAUUUAAAAUGUCAUUGCGAUGUUACGCGUACAUCGUCACGAACAGACCUUCUAGUAAUGUAAAUAGAGCAUCCAAAUAGUUAUGUCAUACAAGACACAUCGUAAUUUUUAGUCGUUUUAUAUCUAAUUCUUCAUGGUGUUACUUAAUCUCAACAACACACUGUAUUUUGCAUAUGUUUAAUAAUUUGUGCCAAAUUUCGUUACCGAUUAGCUGUUGCGAAUCUCUAAAUAGAUCUGAUCAACCAACUACUAAGUUGUGUACGACCGUACCUUAUGAAGUAGGAGCUUAAUUUUUUUUUUAGUGUACACGAUAAAUAUGCUGUGUUAUGUUUAAAUAAACAAUAUUUGAUUUUUAA